AUGUCGGCUCGCGCUCAAGACCUGCCCAACUUCGCGAAGACCGUCCAAGGCCCCACGCUCAUCGGCGCCUUCCUGAACCUCAUCCUCUUCGGCACCUUCCUCGUCCAGGCCUCGUUCUACUUCUCAACGCACAAGCGCGAUCACCAGCGCUUCAGAAUCUUCGUCGCGGCUCUUGUCCUGCUGGAGACCGUCAACUCCGUCUUCGCGAUGUACUACAGCUACGAUCGGCUCGUCAACAACUUCGGAAACAUGGGGGCCCAGGCGGUCUCGAACUGGGCGUUUGGAAUCGGCCCUCUCACGAACGUGAGUAAGCCCUAUUGGCCCCCACCCGCGCUCCCGCGAAUUCAACCCAAUCCAAUCGCGGCCUUGCAGGGCCUCAUCGCGCUCGCGGUGCAGACAUUCUUCGCGUGGCGGAUACAGGUGCUCACGCACAGCACCUGGAUUGUCGCCGGCAUCGUCUCCCUCUCUGUGAUCUCAUGCCGUGAGUGCGCCGCCCGCCCUACUUCGCUCCGCUCCUUCCCUUUCGCCGCGACCGCCAUCUUCCUCGUCGCCGCGAUCCUCGUCCCGAGCCCGACCGUGUCCGCCGCGCAGAUCUUCCGUCCCGUCGUGAUCACAUGGCUCGUCGCCUCGGCCGCUGCGGACACCCUCAUCAGCGGCGUCCUCGUCACCUACCUCAGGAGACACAGGACGGGAUUUCCUGACACGGACGACGUGGUCAACAAGCUCAUCCGGCUCACCGUGCAGACGGGCGCGAUCACCUCGAUAUGGGCCAUCGCAGACUUGGCGGUCUAUCUAGGCGACCCAACCGCACACCACCUCAUCUUUAACCUCGCGCUCGCCAAGCUCUACUCCAACUCGCUCCUCUCGAGCCUCAACGCGCGCGACGGCUGGAAAUAUACAUCCGCGCUCGGCGCGAGCAGCAGCUCCGGCGGCGCGCGGAUCGAAUUCGAGAGGCCGCCCGAGACCAUCGUGUCGCUCGCGCCGUCCGCCGGCCGCCCAGAGGCCUUCGUCGACAUCGAGUCGCACGAGAUGCGCGAUAUGUCGCUGCGGAAAAGCGCCCACGACUAUGACGACCACGGCGCCGACAGCCCCGGCGGUGAUGGCGACGGCAACAAUGACAACGGUCCCGGCGAAGGCGAGGGCCGUGGCCGUGGCCGUGACGGGCGGGAGUCGCGGGAGGACAAGGACCCGCCGCGGCUGUGA